AUGGGGGCUAUAGCUUCUCGAAUCACCUACCCUGCCGGAACUAGCAAAACCAUGAGUCUAAAGGAGACUUGUUUGAUUUGCUUCAAAGAAACUCGUAUUGCUCGAAUGUUUUCUAUUGGUACUUGUCAUCACAAAUAUUGCUUGUCUUGUAUGAAAUGUCAUGUGGAAGUAAAUUUGCAAAACGGGAUCGUGGCUCAAUGCCCUCAUAAAUGCUGUAAGUGUGAAGUGAAUGUUGAAACCUGUAAAAAAUUCUUGUCACCUAAACUUGCCGACGUUAUGAUCCAACGAAUCAAGGAAUGUUCUAUUCCUGCUACGGAGAAGGUGUACUGCACAUUUCCGAGGUGUUCUGCGUUGAUGUCCAAAAAGGAGGUCUUGGAACAUACCAAGGGUUCUUUUGCUAGCGUGGGAGGCAGGAAGUGCAUCAAAUGCCAUCAAUUAUUUUGUAUCAAUUGCAAGGUUCCUUGGCACUAUGAUAUGAACUGCUAUGAUUACCAAAGAUCAGAAACCUAUUCCCUCGCAGAAGAGCAAUUGCUAAAAUCGCUUGCAAUGACGAAACUAUGGCCGCAGUGUUCCAACUGCAAACAUAUGGUUGAACUUGAUAGUGGUUGCUACCACAUCACUUGCAGUGUCUUUGUAGGUGUGGACAUCAGUUUUGCUAUACUUGCGGAGCUGAAUGGAAGAACAAGAGAGCAACAUGUUCCUGCCCACUAUGGGAUGAGCAUCACAUUAUACGGCCAUAACGAUUGA